GUAUAUGUUUUAAGCAACAGUAGGCGAUUGAAAAUUCGUCUUGCAUUUGUCAAUGCUUAAGGCAUAAAUAUUUUAUAGACCUAAAGUUAAACAUAUAAAAAAUGGAAAGCAUUCGGGACACUUCCCAUGACGAAUUCUUUGAUAAACUGAACAGCUCUGACAAUCCACGUAAUUUGCGCCAGAUUUUCGAGGAGGACUGCCAAUCACUACGCAGGGAGUCUAGUAAUUUGCACUAUAAUCCGAUGCCGCCGCCACUAUAUAAGCGCAAGCCACAGCCCAGCAACAAGCAAGAGAGCACUUCAAUGGCAACUUGGAGCACUGUCAUUGCCAAAGUGACCACUGGCUACAAUGGCAACGACAAUGUGGGACGCGUAGGUUUGGCACUAUCGCGCAAUAGUGCAGGCGCCGCCAAACUGGUGGUCUACAAGACUCGCAACGAUUUGCUUAGCACGCUGCUAUUGACCAAGUCAACAUCGUCAGGCUCGCCACGCGGCGGCCCCUCUAAUUUAAUAGUGCGCGAGUCCUAUAUGCAGUUCUAUGAUGAUUCACAGCGCUUCUGGAGUCUGCGCUUCGAGAACACAAAGGAUGAGGAUGAGUUUACAGAUGAACUGACCAAACUAGGCCUGCCCGUGGUCACCAGGCACAACAAUAACGGCAAAGCUAACGAGGGCAAGGAGUCCCCUAGCUCAGCAACGGGCACUGGCACAAACAACAGUGUGUCGGACAGUGAGAGUGAAUCGACGCCAUCGACGGAGGAGAUCGUUAACCCCGAGCAAAAGUCGGAACAGCAGCGUGAAAUCAACGAAACACUGGGGCCACUUGACCGCAUCACCUCAGAGAUACCACUUGCAGUAAAAGAGCAAGCCAUUGUAGCCAUGAGCAAGCUAGUGAUUAAUCGCGCUGUGGCCGAGGGGCUCAGUCGGGAUGAUAAAAUGGAUACUCUACUGCAAGCCAUGUGCCGUUUGGCCAACAGCAGCACCAACAGCACUACCAAGACUUCGCAAGUAAGCAGCGCAGACAACACAGUGUCUUCAACCAUGGUAUUGGCCGACAACGAAGAUGAGCUUCUCGAGCUGGAACAGAAGCUGCUCAAUUUCAAAAAGGAGAAUCGCGCACUGAUCAAAAACCUCAAGCUAAAGGAGCAGGCUCUUGAAGACCUACGUUCAUCCACCUGCGCUCUCUGCGAACAGCUGCUCGGCCAAAAUAAUGAGCUCAAAAUGCAGAAUACAGACCUCCUGACAGCCAUGACGGCACACAGCACGGCCAAUUUUGCUGUCAAUGGGUGCAGCAAGUGCGAACAGUAUUUAACCAAAAUUGAACAUUUGGAGCGCCGCAUUGCCACAUUGCAGAUGACACUCAUGGAAUGUGCUGCCAAUGGCAAUCCGGGGGCCAAUGCAGUGCUACCCGCGCCUUAAAUUGACUUACGGACACACUCGCUCAUACAUGCAUUGUAUUUUGUUAAGAGGACUUGUAUAUUUUUUUAGUUUAAUGGUUGUGUAUGAGGUAGUGUUGUGUUCGGACCUAAAUUAAAUAGUUUAAUUUCAUCUUUAAGAUGUUCCAAAACAACGCACUGAAUAGUGGAACUCAGUGUAGUAAUUUUACGUAUAUUUAUCAUAUGCCAUGCACAUUAAUAUUAGUCCUGAGUUGUGCUAAAAAAAACAUCUGUGAAAUACUUCGUCGUCUAUAUAUAUGCAAAUAAAAGAUAAUACA